GUUAACAUCUUCUUUUGACACGUAGGAAAUAAUUUCCUCUCGGAAAUUAAGCAGAUCCAUAUUUUCGUAACAUAUUUAAAUUUGUAUUAUAUUAGGAUAGUUAUUAAACAUAUAUGAAGUUUUAUUUAUAAAUAUUCCAACAAAUAGUUUCAAUAUAAUGGCAAGUCCAAGAACAAGACGUGUUUUACAAGAAUUAAAACCCAGUAAUGAAAAUGAUAAAUGUUUUGAAUGCGGAACACUUAAUCCACAAUGGGUAUCAGUCACAUAUGGAAUAUGGAUUUGUUUAGAAUGUUCUGGGAAACACCGUGGAUUAGGAGUCCAUUUAUCAUUUGUACGAUCUGUUACUAUGGAUAAAUGGAAGGAUAUAGAACUGGAAAAAAUGAAACUAGGAGGUAACAGAAAUGCUCGGAUAUUUUUUGAAGCACAACCAGACUGGCACGACGAUAUGACACUACAACAAAAAUACAAUUCUAAAGCUGCAGCUCUUUACAGGGAUAAGAUUUCCACUUUAGCUCAAGGAAAACCAUGGGAUGAAAGGAAAUCGCCCGCUCAAAAUUACACAAGUAAUUUAAUUGGAGGCAACUCAUCACAACAUUCUAGCUCAAAAACCAAUCACACCUCUUCUGCCAGUACGUACCAGUCAUCAUCUUAUGAUACAUAUGAGGGUGGUUACCAGAAUAUGAUGAAUUCUCCAGAGUUUAAAAACCAAAAGGACGCAUUUUUCUCAAAGAAACAAAUGGAGAAUGCAAGUAGACCAAAUGACGUUCCACCGAGUCAAGGAGGGAAAUACAGCGGAUUUGGGUAUACAAUGGAACCUCCACCUAGAAGCCAAUCUCAAGAAUUUGUAGAUUCAGCCAUAUCAUCUCUAGCUAAUGGUUGGUCAUUCCUGUCCUCUUCAGCAACAAAACUGGCGAGCAAAGCGUCCGAAAACGCAGUUAAAUAUGGAGGAUUAGCAAGUCAGAAGGUAGUUGAAGUUAGUUCACAUGUAGGGGAAAAGGUUAGAGAAGGAACACUAUUAGAAGAAGUUGGUUGUCAAGUUACUAGUUUAACCAAUAAGAUGUCCGAACUGGGUAAAAGAGGGUGGAAAGAAGUGAGCAAUUUAGGCAAUGAGAGCAACAGUGCCGGAGGAUAUGGUGAAGUAGCUGGAGACAACUAUUCUCCAAGUGAGAAAUCAUCAUUGUAUAGUCAAGGCAACGGAUAUGUUAGAGAGGAAGAUUGGAGUUGUAAUAGUCAGCAAGGUUCGAAAGCAUCAAGCCCUAAAUCUCCCAAUCAAAACUGGGAAGGAGAUUGGAGUGGUUAUCAAAAUGAAGAUCAUGGUAGUUACCAAUCAGAUUUAAAAACUUAUUCAUCAAAUAGUAUAACAUCGCCAACAGAAGAUAGAUCCAGUAAAAGUAACAAAAAAGAAAGAAAGCCCAAGGAAAAAGAAACACAAAAAAAGGUGGAAAAUACGUGGAAUGAUAAGUGGGGAGAUGAUGAAUUGUGGGAAAGUUUGAAUAAAUAAACAUCAUUUAUUUAUCCUUUUUAAAGGCUCUUAAAUUCAAUUAAUAGGGAAGGCUGGCCUAAAACGGCAUACUAUUUUUUGAAAGUGUCAUACUUUUAACAUAAGUCAACUUAAAGAAAAAGUAGAAACUGCGUCAGAUGUAAUAUUUAUUUGGUAUUCACCCUGUACGUUACAAAAAAACGAAACUAAUCAUCCAUUACAGAAAAAAUAAACAUGCGUUCAAAUGCAUUAACCGUUUUAGCCCAACAAGUCUGUCUAAAAUGGCAUAUUAAUACAAAAAAAGCAUGAAAUGCAAUUCGUCUGCGCUAGAGAUCUGAGAUUGUACUAUUGUCGCUAAUAUCACAAAUUCUAAUCAACAAUAGUCCAAAUUUUAACAAAAAUAUAAAAAACUUCAAUUAGUUUAAGUAUUCAAUAGUUCAGAACAAAAUGGCAUACAUUCAAAUGCAAGAAUCGCAAAAGUAUGUUCUUGUUUUUGGUGAAAUUCCUGCACAAAAACAUGCGCUCACUGCUUACAUUUGCAGCAUCGUAUCCAUGGUUCCCCUGGCUUGGAUUUUGAGAACGCUUCGCAACAAAAUAAUAAAAAGGCGUCAUCUUCGUCAUCAGGUUCACAUGUCUCCUUUGAAUUUUCUGUUUCUUUUUGUGUGACUUCCGUUAUAGAGGGACUGAUGGUGAAAACAGUUGGAGUGCAAUACCGCACUCAACAUUUUUCGUGUUGUUUGCUGCAUCGUACAAUUUAUCCUUUUCAAUCUGCGAUUAUUUAUGAAUUUUAUCAGCGUUGACUGACAAAUAUUGUUGGGUUAGGCUUGUUUGUUGUAUUCGAGGGAGAAAACAAAUUAUCAGAAAAAUAUUAGGAUCAACAAGCGAGAGACCUCUAUUUUUUUCUAUUAUGUCUGGAAAUGCUUCAACCGUUUGAUAAAGAUCUCAUCUGUAAUUCAAUUCGAUGAAAAAAUCGAAGAAAAAUCUUGAGAAAAUCUCACUGAAGCUGUAGGCGCCCCUUCUAAUAAAUCUGUUUUCCAAUUUUUUCUCAGAAAUAUAAAUGUUAGGGGAAUGUAGUUGUCAGUUGGGUCUGUACAGCACACAACUGUGACAUGUAUUCCGCGUUCAGCCCCGCGAUAGUACCAACUUGUUUUUUACCAGUAAUAGCAAAUAUUUUUGGUAGAUUCAGCACUGUGGACACUCCAGUCUUAUCCACAUUGUAGAUUCGAUCGUGAGGAAAAUUAUACUUGUCCAUAACUUCUUGAUAUGCUUUGAAAAAUUUUGCUAUAUUUGGUUUGUUAACUGCCAUUGCUUCAGCUACUGAGUUAUUUUCAAGUCUCCUUAAUGAAAUAUCGGGAUGUCUAUUGUAUGAUACAAUAGAAGAAGUGAAGGGAGACUAUUCUUUCAACUAAUUAUGAACACACUGUUAUGGCAGAACGUAUAACAACUGAGACACGCAGAUUCAUAAAGGUUGUCGAAAGUACUACCGUUCAGUACUACCGACAGUAGCGUUCUGAGGUGGAAUACAACUCCAGAUUUGCGCCGUUUAUUCAAAAUCGGUAAUGUUCCGUUUUACCCAAGUAUGCCGUUUUAGGCCAGUCUCCCGUUACUGUACAGAUUGGUCCAAAAUGUGGAAAUAAGUAAUUGUAUGUAAUAUACACUGUGUUAACUUGUAACAGAAUAUAUUUAUCCAAAGUGCC